AUGUUGCCCUCCGGUUUACGGAAUGUAGCUCGACGGCCCGGCUGCUGCUGCUGCUGCCGAAUAUCCCCUUUCUCAGCCGCCCCCGUCAUCCUCGCCGCCGCCGUCGCCGCCGGUGCUACAGCUCCCGCAAGCAACUCCUUCCGACCGAUAUCCCGAUUCUUCGCUGCCGCCUGCGCAUCGCGAUCCGCAAGAAUGGCUUCUACGACCUCUCUCCCAAGACUUCCCCUCUUCGAGGCCAUCUCCCAGCACGACCCCGAGUCCACCGCCGUCGUCCACUCGCUCUCUGGCCGCCGCUUCAAGUACGGGGAGCUGCUCGGCGACGUGCGCCGCGCCCGAGACAAGCUGCUGGACUCGGCCGGCAAGCCGGACCUUAGCGGCGAGCGCAUCGCCUUCCUGGUAGAGAACAGCUACGACUAUGUAGUGACUCUCCUCGCCGCAUUUGCUGCGCGCUCCAUCGCCGUGCCCCUCUCUCCAGCCUUCCCCGCGGCGGAGCUCCAAUACAUCCUGAACCAGAGCGAGGCGUCGCUGCUCGUAUCCUCUGCCAAGUUUGCUGCCAAGGCGAGAGAGGUCCUCGCGACGGAACUCAUCUCGAACCCUACACAGGUCGAGCUGCAGAAACACCUCGGCGGCGGUGCGCAUGAGCGAGUCGAACUCGAAGCCGCCGACGUAGACAGCGCCGGCAUGAUGCUGUACACCUCGGGCACCACAAACAGGCCGAAAGGCGUGUUGCUCCCCCAGUCCGUCUUGACGGCACAGUCCCAGUCUCUGAUUGAGGCAUGGAACUACACACCUACGGACCACCUCCUCCACGUCCUCCCCCUCCACCACAUUCACGGCACCGUCAACGCUGUCCUCACGCCCCUCCUCUCCGGCUCCACGAUCGAGUUCAUGUUCCCCUUCAACGCCGACGCCGUCUGGAGGCGUCUCGCCGCACCCUUCAUCCAGAGCAACGGCGUCGCCAACGGUGUGACUAACGGCGCCAACGGCACCAAUGGCGUCAACGGCACGCACGCCAUCCCCCGGGAGAAGAUCACGUUCUUCACCGUCGUCCCAACGGUCUACUCCCGCCUCCUCGCAGUCCACAAGAACCUGCCUCUCGACCCCGCUGAACCGACGCGCGAGGCCGUCUCCCCGCGGCACAUGCGCCUCGCCAUCUCCGGCUCCGCCGCCCUGCCGACACCCAUCAAGGAAUCGUGGAAGACCCUGUCCAAGGGCAACGUCCUCCUCGAGCGCUACGGCAUGACAGAGGUGGGCAUGGCCCUCUCCUGCGGCCUCGACUUCGCCGACCGCGUCGACGGCAGUGUCGGCUGGCCCCUCCCCGGCGUCGAGGCCCGCCUCGUCGACAUGGAUACCGGCCUCGUCAUCCCCCCCGGCGAGGACGUCGACCCGGACACCGGCCGUGAGCGGUCCGGCGAGAUCCAGCUCCGCGGCCCCACCGUCUUUAAGGAGUACUGGCGCAACCCUGAGGCCACGGCUAAGGAGUUCGUCCAAGGGGAGGACGGCAAGGGCAGGUGGUUCAAGACGGGCGACGUCGCCGUCCGCAGGCCCGUCCCCAACGCCGGCUCCAACCCGGCCCAGUCCUCCUGGGCCAGGGGCGACUUGUACUUCAUCCAGGGCCGCAAGAGCGCCGACAUCAUCAAGACGGGUGGCGAAAAAGUCAGUGCCCUUGAGGUUGAGCGCGAGCUGCUCUCGCUGCCCGAAGUCGCCGAGGCGGCUGUCGUCGCCGUUCCUUCGGGCAAGUGGGGUUCCAAGGUCGGCGCCGUCGUCAUCCUCAACAAGGACGUUGUCCCCCACUGGUCCCCGAUGGCCAUGCGGAGGGCUCUCCGCGACCGCCUUGUCAAUUACAAGAUCCCCCAGGUCCUCAAGGUUGUCGAUCACAUCCCUCGCAACGCCAUGGGUAAAAUCAACAAGAAACAGCUGGUCCAGGCCGUUUUCGAGGACCAGUUCAGUGGUGACGAAAUGUAA